UCUCGUUGAUCAUCUUCUGCCUCGAGAAGUCGGCCAUCGCUUCUGGGUAGAACCUGUAAAAGAAAACGGAAUCGACUUACCUGCGCUGCACUGCUGCUUCUCCGGUAUCCUUCGCUGGAGAACAAACGACUAACGAAACACAACGUAGGAAUUGACGGUAAGCGCCAACAUAAAACUGGUGCCGUGACCAGGAUACGUCGACACCGUUCAGGAUCCCGCAUCCGUCCGUUGCACGUGGGACGACCACUGGGCGCCGCCAUUUUGGUCCCGCCAUUGCGCUGAAGGAGAGACAAUUCGUUGUCAUUGAAUACAAGGCUCGAUUUUAUCGGGUCGCAGGUAAUUACCUGUCCGAUUAAUUAUACUGGGUCUCGCAGGUACCCUUUAGAUUUCCGUUUAUUUGUUGCAUGUACACAUUUUUCGUCGAUCUGGCUCCCUGGAUUGCUGCCAAGCCGUUUGGAGCACAUCAAUAGGCCGACGCCGCAACGUACGAAUACUUUCUGGUCCGGUGGAGUACGCCAUCGCGCUUCCGCCAUUGAAGAGAAGGACGAAGCCACCCUAUCGCACCAUAGCUGCAAGCCAUUCUUGCAUCGACGCAAAGACGCGCUUUUUCGGCCCGUUUUUCCUCAUAGGCAUCUGUAUACGCCGAUCAACGCAUGAUGAGUGGAUUUUAAUCGGAAAUUGGUGGAGUUUUUGUUGCGACGUCAUCAAUAUCGGCAUCGGCUCGCACAGAGCGUGCGCCAUCUGGUUCCUGAUAGCAGCUUUAUUAAAAAUACAAGGCAUUCUAUUGCCUUGGAAUCGGUGAGUACCGUUCCAAGUGUUUAACGCUAUUCUCGUCGGGUCUAUCGUGGUCUUUUGUCCGACAGAUCCUUCUUCGACGUUCUACGGGUCGUGCUCAUCGAUUGUUCCCGCGAAGAUGACGCUUCCGCGGCAACAUGCAACGUUGAUUUCGAGGAGGACUACCAUGAUCGACGCACUGGGUCGGGCAGAGGCGUUCAUCCAAACCUACGACGAGCAACGUGACCAGGCGCAGGUGCCCAUUCGCCUGGAAUACCUAAAUAGCAUGUGGGCCACUUUGGAAGAGGUGCAGGCUCAGCUGGAGGAUUCCGAAGAAGCUGAGGAAGAUCGAAGCUGCCAUGAACUCGCGUCCGCUGCUGCCCAUGUCCGACGACCCCAACGAUCUAGCAGCGCUGACACCGGCGCACUUCCUUAUUGGAACAUCGAUAUCCGCCCUGCCCGACCCAGACUAUCAGCUGCAACCACGCUGCACCCUUGGAAUGUAUCAGAAUUGGCAGUUACUCGUACAACGCUUCUGGAGCCACUGGCGAAAGGAAUAUCUGCAGGAAUUGGUUCGAGAUACGAGAUAUGCGGCCCGCAACAAUGA